AUGGCCGCCCAAAAGCGCAAAUCUGCGGCCGGCGCGGGAGCAGCGCCGGCCACUCCCGAAGCGCACGCGCCCUCGUCCCGGCGACGGUCCCAGCGCAAGGCGCGUGGCAGGGGAAGACGACCAGCGAAGAGAGCCAAGGGCGCGCAGCCCGAGGCCGAGUCCGACGGGAGCGGAGACGACUACAAGGAGGAGGCCGCAGGGAAGGCCGCCGAGGAGAGCGGCGACGACGAGUUCGACGAGGCCGCGCCGCCCAAAGUGACCUUCGUCCCGCUGCCCAAGCUGCGCGACACGGGCGGCGUCGAGUACGCCGACGACCGGCUGCACCCGAACACGCUGGCCUUUCUUGCCGAUCUGAAGGCCAACAACAAGCGGUCGUGGCUCAAGGCCCACGACGGCGAGUACCGCCGCGCGCUCAAGGACUGGGAAACCUACGUCAUGGCGCUGACCGAGCGCAUCAUCGCCGCGGACCCGACUAUACCGGAGCUGCCCUUCAAAGACGUCAACUUCCGCAUCUACCGCGACAUCCGCUUCAGCAACGACCCUACGCCGUACAAGCCGCACUUCUCCGCCGCCUUCUCCCGCACCGGCCGCAAGGGCCCCUACGCGUGCUACUACGUGCACGUCGAGCCGGCGGGCGCGCCCUGCUUCGUGGGCGGCGGCCUGUGGCACCCGGGCGCGGCGGCGCUGGCGCGCCUGCGCGCGAGCAUCGACGAGCGGCCGCGCCGCUGGCGCCGCGUGCUGAACGAGCCUGCGUUUCGGGAGGUCUUUCUUGGGCUGCGGCCAGCGGGCAAGCGGGGAGCAGGAGGAGGAAGAAGAGCGCGGGAGGAUCCGGCGGCGGCGGCGCUGGCGGCGUUUGCGGAGCGCAACCAGGAGGGCGCGCUCAAGACCAGGCCCAAGGGCUUCGUGCCGGACCAUCGGGACAUGCAGUUGCUGAAGCUGCGGAAUUUCACCGUUAGCCGGAAGAUGGAUGCCAGCGUGUUUAUGUCGCCCGGGGGGCUGGACGAGGUGGCCCGGGUUAUAAGGGCUAUGGUUGGGUUUGUCACGCACUUGAAUCGGAUCGUCAUGCCCGACCCCGGCGACGAUGACGAUGAGUCGGAUGAGGAGUGA